UUGUGUAGGUUAAAUUUGCUGGUGAAUUAGGGACUGAUGCCAGGGGUGUUAGAAGAGAACUGUUCACUCUUUUGGAAAAAGAAGUGAAGCCUAAAUAUAUUGACAGUGUUGGGUGCUUUAAUCAUAACAUAUGUGCUCUAUAUGAAAAUGUAUACUUCAGACUAGGACAGCUAGUAGCCAUGUCCGUUGUGCAGGGAGGAUUGGAUGGAUCUUCAUUUGUGGUGUCACCAAGUACGUACAAAUUCAUUUCGGGCACAUCAAUUAGCAAGAUAAGUGAGACUGUUAGUGUUAGUGAGGUUUCUGAUACUCUAGUAAGAGACUUUCUUAAUAAAAUGUCAAUAGCUGACAAUGUUGAAGAUUUCAGGCAGUUGUACUCUGAAAACUUUUCUCUUGUGUCUGAGAACGGUGUGACCAAACCAUAUUGCAGCAUUUCUCUCGAAGAAAAGGACGAUAUAAGAAAAAUGAUAUGCUUAAAUUUUAUAAUAAUGAAGUGCCUUGCUGAGUUACAACAGUUCUGUUCAGGUCUGGAGUCCUUAGAAGUACUAGAGGAAAUUAGGAAAAGUCCCGAUGAAUUUGAGUCAUUCUUUUUAAGAAAGAAAGAACUUUCAGCAGAGACUGUAUUCAAAAUUGUGUCCAUGGAUGUUACUUAUUCUUUGGAGGAAGAAGAGAGACAAAAGGAAGAGUGUACUUUAGCUAUGUUUUUGAACUACCUUGAAGAUAUUCAGAAAGGUUUGGUUUGUGAUGAAAGUAGGACUGUGAACCUAUAUAGGACACAUUCUUCAGUUCUUUACAGGCAGUAGUCACAAUAGUUAUGAAGAAAUCACAGCGGGGUCAGUCAACUUCUCUCACACUAACAAGUAUCCGAGAGCGUCCACUUGUAUUAAUGAAAUAACAUUACCAGCAAAGUAUGCAGGUGAUUAUGGUAUGUUUAGCGAUAAUAUGACAAAAGGUGUACUGGAUAACGGUGGAUUUGGAAGGAUAUAAUUCAUUUGUCAAUGUCAUCACUGUUAACUAUUAUUAUAUUUCAUUAAUUUGCUUAAGUUCUCAUUUAUUCAUCAGACUGUUAUUCUCAUUACACAAAAGUGUCUUGCUUACUAUUUACUAUA